AUGUGCUUUUACUAUUGUAUAUAACAAAUAUGUUUUUACUAUUGUAUAUUAUAUGGAUCCUUAACAAAUAUCUGUUUAAAUAAAUGUACACUGUAUGAAUCCUGUAAAAAAAAAAAGUGCGACUCGGAUGUAGAGGAUCUGUGUAUCAAUGACUAAUGUUAACUAAUGACAUAAGGGGGUCAAAAGGUCACAAACGUCUGUAGUACUUCUUGAUAUGUUACAAAUGCGGGUCAUUUUAUAAUGUCAUAUCUACUUAUACAGCUGUCGUUGGAUACCUUGUAUUAUGUCGUGAUAUCAUAAUGUAUUAUCAUAUUAUACGUGAUAUAGCAUGGUCUAUAACUAGAUGAGGGACGCAUACUCGUACAUCCGUAUAAAAUGUCCACAUCGUGGUUUAAUAUUCCCGUACAUUUUCUUCUGUUACAGAAAAAACGUCACGGAUUCUACAGAAUAAACAUUGAAUUCAAUGAUUAUCACUUCACAAGUACAAAGACCUCACAUUGGAUAGGACGGAUGUUUUUUACGUGUAUAUACAUUACUGAAUACUGUAAUUUCGACAUCAUAAUGUUGUAUAUAGUCAAUGAAUCUAAAUCAAGAUAACGAACAGUGUUCAACCUCAUAAAUCCUGUCAAGAAUAUAAAAUCUAAAAAGGACCCAACCCGGACUCCUGGACAUACCACAUGUGGGACCAGGUGUCUUGUAUGAGUUGCAAGCAUUGCCAGCACUUGACUUUUUGUAAUUUUUUGUCCAGAAUCAUUUCGUUUCCUUUGAUGACUUACAUACAUGAUUUCACUUUGAAGUUUAAGGUGAAUCACUUCCGACGCUUACACGCGACUCCCGGUAUUCGUCAUUUUGAAUGACCAGUGCUAUAGAAAUACCGGAAAUAACCUCUUUCCGAUCGUCUGUUCAUCAUCAUCAUCACAGUCUGUUGGUGCAUGUCGCUGACCGUGUCAUCCAGAAUCCGCCAUGGCGUGCCGCUUCCUAUCAGUGCUCCUUCUGUUUGGCAUGCUUACAAACUGCUGCGCUCAAUCCGGAGAUAAUGUCUGCACACGUAAAGUGAGUAAGCAGGUUUUCUACACGGAAACACGACGAGUAUCAUCAAGACAGUGUACCAACAACGUGUGUCGAACUGUCUAUUCCCUGAAAAAAGUAUUGAAGUUCCGGAUACAAUAUUCAAUAGCAAAACACUGCUGUCCAGGAUUUGUACGGGAAGGGGAUAGAUGCGUUCCGAUCUCUACAACAGUGUCACCUACCACGGAGACGCCAUACACUACGCCGCCGGUGGAAGUGGUGGAUCCUGUUGAUCCUGUAGAGGGCGCUGUACAGGGAGGUAACGAAGGUGGUCCCUUGUCUGAAGGUGGAAUCAUUGGGGUCGUGUUGGCUGUGCUAUUUAUUGUGGCUGCUGCAAUUGUCGCUCUAAUGUUUAAAAUCCGAAAACAAAAGAAACAAGACAAGGAGGCUAUCUUGCAGCAGGAAAUGUAUCGCGGACAGUCCCUCCACGAGAACGAAGUAAAUCCUGAUCUGACGACAGGGGGCACUUUCCACAACGACCUGUAUAACCUGACAAACCAACCUCCCAAAGGAGACACAUUCAACCCAGAAAUGUACGACCAGCUUCACUUGUACGGAAACGAGGCUGACAAGGUGGACCAUGACUACGAACGUCCUGUCCGGUCAAACACAAUUGGGGGAAUUCCAGGGGAUUACUAUAACAAAGGGAGACUACCAACACAAAGCAUAAAGUCUGAGGGCCACCAGACCGUGCUGUAUCAAAACAAAAGCGACGUGUCGAACAAAGUGAAAGUGUUCGAAAGAUUGACAUCACAACCAUCACAAGACAACCCAGUGGAAAAUAAAAUGUUAUAUUCAGAUGUCAGAUACUGACAUACAGAAAGACAAUGUUCAUUGUUUGUGUCAGCUGCGUAGUAAACGUGUCGACAAAUGUUGUGGGAAUUUCAUUGUUCCACCACCAGACCUGACUUGCACGACUGGGGGCUGUUUUUGGUGGUGUUAUAUCAGAAUUCCAAUUGUUUAGAAGAUGUGGGAACCCAGUAACCAUUUUGUCAAUCAUUACAUUUAGUACCACAAGAUUUAAAUUUUGUUACCUUUCCCAAAAAAUUUGAGGCAAAUGGUCAAAAUAUGACAAUGACUUUACCGGUAGAUUGUUAUGCAUACACCUAAGUGUCAGCCUUAUAAAUUCCAAUCAAAGACA